AUGGGGAAUAUGGGUCAGCAACACUUGGAAAAUGCAACUUCAGUAGCAAGCCUUUUGCAUCAGCUGAGAGAUGUGUGGAAGAGUCCUAGGGGGACAGUGCUCCGAAUUGAGGCGUUAGCACUUCUGGCCAUUUUCCUCUCCUUUUUCCUUUCUGUCUUUGGGUCUUGCCGCCGUUGGUCCAAUAAUUUUCUCAUCCAGAAGGGUUUCAUGGCUGCAAAUGCAUUGUUUCUGUCCCUUGGAACAUACAGCAUUGGCCUAAUGCAAUCUUCGCGAGUGAAGAGCGAGAUGUACCCAAUAUGGGCAGUAUCGUUACUGGCCCUCCUUUGUUGUGUUGACUCAGUUGCUUCAUCCGGGCUCGACAGUAGGAACCAGCUCUGGAAGAUGUUGUAUCAGCUUUGCCUCUACUUUGGAUAUGUCCUACUAAUGAGCAUCACAACCAUCUCUAGUGAUAUUGGUAGCAUAGCCAUCUGCGUCUUGUCUGCUGUGACUUUCAUCAAGGGAUUUCAUAGGUCAAUGGCACUUGUGCUGCCAAGUUCUAUGCGGAACAUGAUCAGAGAGUUUCCAGGAUAUAGCAUUACAAAAUGUUCUUUUGGAGAUCCUAAUGAAGAAAGAGAGUUAACUGUUGAUGAUAAACUUGACGUAAUGAUUGGGUAUCGUAUGGAGAUUAACAUGGGUGUUAUAGCUUCCAUGAGGUGUAAGGGAAACAAUAAGAUGCUAGAAUCAAAACUAAAUUCCUGCAAAGAUGUGUGCCUCUCCUUCUCUCUCUCUCAUUUGUUGCACCGUCAUUUUCUAGGGUUAAGCAGCGUUAAACCAGUCAAGGCCAGCCUUGCCCAGCCCUUGGUAAAAAACUGCAAACGUGCCUUAAAGGUGGUUGAGAUUGAGUUGGCUUUCCUACAUGAUAUUUUGUACACCAGCAACACGUUCCUCCAUUACUAUGAGGCGAAGAGUGCUAGCAUAUGGGCAUUUGCUUCAGUUAUUGGGAUAUGUUUUGUAGGGGCAGUGGCUGUCAUGCCUGGGGCAAGGUCAAGUCGUCGUGCUUCUCCUGACACCAUCUUUGUGGACACCACAAUAGUGGACUUUGUUAUUACCGGAGUAGUACUGGUGUCUCUAGCUCUACUGCAGGUGUUGCAGUUGCUAAGCUGUUGGACCUCGAAUUGGGCCAGAGUUGCCUUUGCCUGUGAUUAUGCUAGGAAAAACAUUGAAGAAGAGGUUGUGCUUAGCUGGGGAAUGAGAUUGAGAGCAUCUCUUCUCAAGAUUAAUUGGUAUGACAAAUACUACCUGUGGCAAAAUAAGUUGGGGCAACAUGCUGUGGUUGAUGAAUCCUUUUGGAUCAGGGUGCACGGCUGUCUGAGUCAUUGUCAUCAGUUAUUCUGCUGCAAAUUUAUAGGGAUCUUUUGUAGCUGGAUUUGUUCCUGCAGCGCAGUGCAGGAAGCCGGGUGUAUUUCGGGUAUUCGGUGUAUUUUAGUGAUAUGUUGUUUGCUUCUAAAUACCCUAGUCCAGAGGUGUUUUGGUCUACUUGGACUGCAGUACAUAAGCCGAGAGCUCAAGGAAAUGUUGCGGGGCAGUUGCACAGGGAGCGCCGUUGAGUUGCACCCUGAUGUAAAGGCAUCCAUUGGUGACUUUGUUGACAAUGAGAUCAAGUCCAAUGAAAUAAGUAGUUGGGCAUCCUCCAAAGUUGAAAAUGGACAGAGUGGCUUUCCAGACUUCUCUUUCAGCUUUACGGUAGAUGAUGCGGCAGAUAAUGCUGCUGAGGUGAGUGAUAUGAUCUACGUGUCUUGUAUCCUCAUUUGGCAUGUUGCAACUUGCUACUGUGAACUGGCACAGCAAUGUGACAGCAGCAAUGGCGGUGGCCAUCAUGUUACUAUGGAGAAGGAUCAUCGUCGUGUGGCCAUGGAUCUGUCCAAAUACUGUGCAUACUUGGUGGCUUCAGCGCCUCGCUUACUUCCUGGGCGGUCCGAGACUAUAAAUUUGGUCUACGGUCAGGUUAGGGAAGAGGCAACUAGGGUUGGAUUCAGGUUCUCAUCCGCUGCUGCAGGAGACAAGCUAGAGGCAAUGGACACAAAGUGCGCCGAGGAUGGUAUUAGCGUUCAUGUAAAUCUGGGUGAUGCUUACGUUGGAGACUACAUCUAUGGGAUGGGUGUAAAGCUGGGAAAGGGACUACAAAGCAUGGAUGAUGCUGAGAGGUGGAAGGUGCUGGCAGACUUCUGGGUCAAGGCGUUGGUGUAUGCCGCGCCAUCGGACAAUGUGGAGGAGCACAUGCAGCAACUCUCGCAGGGUGGUGAGCUCAUCACCCAUCUCUGGGCUAUGCUCUAUCACGCCGGCAUCCACAAGUGGCAGCUGAAUCCGCCUGCACCAAAUGACAUCAACAUGGGGUGGGAUUACAUUUUUCGGAUUCGCUCCUGGAAAGACCUUGAGCCUUCUCACAAGGUACGCUAG